AUGCGCCCCGUCGUGGACGCCCUCCGCUGCCUCGGGCUCCCCGAGGAGUUCAUCUCGAAGCUAAUCUUCGACGGCCUCAAGGAGUUCGGCUUGGGCAUAACAGAGAAGGUAUUUCUUUACGGCAUCUGCGCGUUAUGCGGCAUCAGUAGGGAGACGUGGCUGCAUAGGGUGGCCCUGUACCGGAGCUUCGGGGUGUCCGAGGGUGAGCUACGCAGUGCGUUCAAGAGGCAGCCGACGAUACAGAGCUUCUCUGACGAGACCAUAAAGAAGAAGCUCCGGUUCUUCCUGGAUGAGCUGAAGCUUGAACUAAGCGAAGUAAUGGGGCAGCCUGUGCUUAUAGGGUAUAGCUUGGAGAAGAACAUCAUACCAAGGUGUGCCGUAUUAAGCUUGUUGAUGAGGGAGGGAAAGAUUGGGCCCAACGUCAAGUUGAUUUCGGCAUUGCUUGGUAGCGCCAAGAUGUUCUCCACAAAGUAUGUAUUGAGGUAUGCUCACGAUGUGCCAGAUGUUGUUAAGGCGUAUGAGGGUAAGAUUACAUUUGAUGGUUUCAGGGAUCAGGAUGUUUUAGUUCCAAUGAAGCUGUGA